CCACGCUUGGGGAGCGCGCGCGCACGCAACGGCGCGGGCCCGCCGGCGGCGGCGACGGCGACGUCACAGCCCGAGCUUUCCUUUUCGGGAGUCCCCGGCACACAUCCUGUGUCCAUGUUUGGGCAUUUACGUCACGGCGGCAGGGCCGGGGCCUCCCGAAAUGGCAGUGGCCCGGGGAGUCGGAAGCCCGGAGCCAGCGCCGCCGCAGCUAUAUAAGUGGGGGGGCUGUGAGUUGGGGGAGCCCGGCUGCGCUUUGGAGAGGCGAGGAGCCACCGCCCGAGGCAGGUGCCGGCGAGCGAGGGCGCCGCCGCUCCCUGACCCCUUUCCCGGAGGUGAGCGCCCAGAGCCAGAAGCCCGGGCGCCUGGGUGUGCGCGCCGCGGGGCGCCCCGACCGCCGGCCUCCUCGCCACCCGCGCGCCCCCAAGCCCAGCGGGCGAGGCCUCGGGCGCCCCGCAGCCGCCGCCGCGCCAUGCUCCACCUUACCGAGUUUUCCGGCCCCGACGCGCUCCUCAAGUCCACCGAAGGCUGUUGUGCCGAACCCAGCGCUGAACUCUCCCGGCUGCCAGCCAGGGACGCUCCCGCGGCCCCGGGCUACCCUGGAGCAGGAGACUUCCUGAGCUGGGCCUUGAGCAGCUGCGGCGCCGGGGGGGACUUAGCCGACUCCUGCUUCCUGGAGGGCCCUGCGCCCACGCCCCCUCCUGGCCUCAGCCUCAGUGGUAGCUUCUUCAUUCAGGCGGUACCCGAACACCCGCACGAUCCAGAGGCACUCUUCAACCUCAUGUCGGGCAUCUUAGGCCUGGCACCUUUCCCAAGCCCCGAGGCUGCAGCAUCCCGGGCCCCCGUGGAUGCCCCCUUCCCCGCGGGGCCGGACGCCUUGCUGUCGGGUCCUCCGGACCUUUACUCCCCGGAUCUGGGCGCGGCCGCCUUCUCAGAGGCGUUCUGGGAGACUUCGCCUUCCGCGGGCGCCCCCUCGCAGUGCCUGUAUGAGCCUCAGCUCUCCCCGCCCGACGUCAAGCCGGGCCUCAGGGCGCCUCCAGCCUCUCCAGCGCUGGACGCAGUCUCGGCCUUCAAGGGUCCCUACGCUCCCUGGGAGCUGCUUUCUGGUGGGGCCCCGGGGAACUGUGGGUCACAGGGAGGCUACCAGGCCGUCCCCGAAGCUCGUUUCCCCUCAAUAGGGACCAAAAUUGAGGACCUGCUGUCCAUCAGCUGUCCCGCGGAGCUGCCAGCCGGCCCAGCCAAUAGACUCUACCCCACCGGGGCCUACGACACUUUCCCCUUGGCCCCGGGUGACAUAGGGGAGGGAGCCGAGGGCCUCCCGGGGCUCCUCACCCCUCCUAGUGGGGAGGGAGGGAGUAGCGGCGACGGUGGAGAGUUCUUGACCGGUACGCCGCCUCAGCUUUCCCCGCUGGGCCUUCGCAGCGCCGCCACGGCAGACUUCCCAAAACCUCUGGUGGCCGACAUCCCUUCGAGCAAUGGUGUGGCCGCGCCACCCGUGCCGCCGCCACCCGCCCCUUUCCCCCCGACCAAGGCGCGGCGCAAAGGGCGCCGGGGCGGCAAGUGCAGCGCGCGUUGCUUCUGCCCGCGGCCGCAUGCCAAGGCCUUCGCUUGCCCGGUGGAGAGCUGUGUGCGCAGCUUUGCGCGCUCCGACGAGCUCAACCGCCACCUGCGCAUCCACACCGGCCACAAGCCCUUCCAGUGCCGCAUCUGCCUCCGCAACUUCAGCCGCAGCGACCACCUCACCACGCACGUGCGCACCCACACGGGCGAGAAGCCCUUUGCCUGCGACGUGUGCGGCCGCCGCUUCGCGCGCAGCGACGAAAAGAAGCGGCACAGCAAGGUGCACCUCAAGCAGAAGGCGCGCGCUGAGGAGCGGCUCAAGGGCCUGGGCUUUUACCCGCUGGGCCUCUCCUUCGCCGGCCUGUGAGCAGGCGAUCGGUUUGUAGGGCGAGGCGCCGCCGCCGCUUGGCGCGCACUACGAGAUCCGGUCAGGCUCCCCUCUCCGCUCUUCAUCCACGUCGUCUUCGCAAGCCCCAGGGCCGGCCUCCAAUCCCGCUUCCAGUUCCCACGAAGCGUCCGCAGCACACGCCCAGUUCAGCACCAGCUCUGUGGAUAGCUCCCGAUGUCCGGGCGCUGUGUCCCUAGUCAGCCGCGCUCUGGGGAAAGUCCCUUGAGGCCACCCACUGAAUAGGCACUUCCUUGGGACUCGAGGCAGUCUUUUGUAACUGGCGCACGCCCUACGCCCUCCUCUACACCCCCCUCUCCCCAGGGUCAGGCUGGGGCAGCGCCGAGCUGGUCUCGCGCGGGACUUUGUACAGCAAUGUCAUUUCCAGCAGCCUUUGGUUGUAACGUUUUGCUUUGGGGUUGUCUUCCUUUCUGUUGUUAAUUUUUUGUAAAGCAGACGCUACUCAAGCAGUUGACAAAACUGUUUAUUUUUGCAAUUAAAAUUAUUGUGCUAAAAGCUUACUGCAUCUGUGAUAUAAGCUCCUGGCACUUCCCCCAGGACAGUGUAUGCCAGAAGAUAAAAGAAGCCGUGCUCGCAGGGUACGGGCCCUGAACAUAUUAGAUACCCACUGCGAGGCACACCUACCAAACACUGCGGCACACAGGAUGCAUUCUAUAAGUAUGGAUUGAAUUAAUGAAUAAAUAUAAUCACAGCCAACCUAAGGGCUAGCGGUGUUUCUGGAACUUAAAAGUGGAAAUCGUGUAGGUGUUAGGCAUUGUGCAUCUAUUAUCCUCAACCCUCACAGAAGCAGACAAAAACCCCACUUCAGAAAUGAAAUAGUGAAGGUAACUUGCUAGGUAACCCAGCCGGGAACAGAUAAGGUCAAACAGACCUGUCUGGACUCCAAAGCCUGUGUUUAUUUCCCACUCACAGAAUGGAGGCACUCGAGUUUAGUCCUGCUCUGCUGUUUGGAAAGGCUUCGGCAACUAGGGGGAGCCCCAGGCAGUAGCAACAGCAGCAAAAGGCUGCAGUGUUUCCAGUGCUAAAAUUUGUGAAUACCCAUAGUGUGUAGUGUGUCAUAGAGGCUCCAGCCUGUGCCUGUGCAUCUGUUCCAAGAGUCUUGCUGUCAAUGCCAAAAGGGUCUCAGUCUUCAGCCAAACCCUGCCUGGGUCUAGUGAGGAGCAGGCCUUGCCAGAGGCUCACCGUCCCCUUAGCUGCUCUUCCCACCAAAGUUCUCCAGGAGGUGGCAGCCCCCUUACCAUCCAGUCAUGCACCUGCCACAGCCCCCUUUCCCACAUUUUCCUUCAGGCAAACACUUCAUAGUUUGGGGGAGGAGGAACUCUGGGGUGCUAAGAAAAGCAUGGCCCUGUGUUGGGGAAGGUGGGUUCCCCUUUUGCCCUCUGA